CUUGUUGAACUUUCUGGCGUCAAGCUUCAACGCUUCAUUUAGAAGUAACAGCCUGCAGUUCGCGGUAUGUCUGAGCUGUUAACUCACCAUCACAUCGCUGACGAUAAGCUUUGAAUGUGAAUACUCAUAGUGCCUCCGACCAUUAUGAGGCUCAAUACGGACGUAAUCCUCGCAGUCUCUGUUUACAUGCGCAGCGAAGACUUACCGGCACUCAUGCGGACGUGUCACACUCUGCAUGACGCUGCGAUUCCAAUCAUCUUACGCCGACCAUUUACACUCCGUAGGCAAGAUUCGGCCAGUCUCUGCUCAUGUUUAUGGGACGCGAUCCGAAUCGCUUGAGCUACCUUAAGGAACUCAGUGUACUUUUCAAUGGGUUUUCGACGUACGAGGCAUCAAGGGCAUUGACAAAGCUCUUGCGUCAGGCCCAUUCUCUAACCACGCUCGUUAUUGCGAACUUCGAUGAGAGGUUUGUGAUCUGGGAUCCUCAUAUGAUGUAUGCUCUGUGCGACAUGACGACCCUUCGCACUUUACACGUUUACAAUGCAUCCAGGAUGGGAAUGAGGGCUUUGGGUGCCUUGAAAUCCCCCAUUGAAACUUUGUCGGUCCGAUCAUGCCACUUCGAAUACAAUGACGUCCGUCCCGACAUCAUGGACCUCGCUGGUUCUCUCCAACAACCCCUUGUGCACUACGCGGCGCUCAAGGACUUCGAGCUGCCCCCUGCACCUUACAUUUUCCCUCAUGUUCAUACUGUACAUCUUUGGCAUUGUCCUCACGUUGGCAUAGAUCAAGUAUUCACGUCUUUCCCAAAUCUCAAGAACAUCAUCUGCGUGAAUAUAGACCCUCCUGGCGUACUCCGCGAAGAGAAUUUGCUCAGACAAGUUCCAAGUGGCGUCUGGCCCCAGUUGGCGGAAUUUGGUGGCAUACUUUGGUCUUUAUAUAAUCUUGCUCCACGCUGUCGCUUUCGUCGUCUCAAAAUUUACGAUAUCGAGCCAGGUCAGCUACUUCUGCUGCGCACCGUCGUUGGGGAUCAUCGCCCGACGCACCUGGAAUUGGUCAAUACCAAGCGGGUGUUUGGUAUGGACAGAGUGGUUAACUUGUCUCCUGCCUCCAUAACACAUCUCUCCAUUUGCAUGGAACUUGAAGCGCAACCUAACGCGCCACUGGACUCUUUCGAAAUGACGCUGAUAAGGACGGCUUUGGUGGAUUGUAUUAGAACAAUCCCAGUCGUCUUCCUGGUACUACGGUUUGACAUCGUCAGACUCAACAAACCUCGACCGUCCUCACUUUUUGGCACUGCGGGGGACCUAGUUUACUUUGACAUGCCCGCUUUUGUCAUAGAGGCUGGGCGGCGAUGUCCCUCCCUCCAUUACGUUUUCGUGAGCAUUGGUGAAGGGGUGUCUAGAUGGUCUUGGAAACUUUCACGGUCAGAGCUAAAGCAGAUUACAUUGGAGGACUUGCCGCGAGACGUUGCUCAGCAGGUGAUGACUGACAACGAACUUUCCUUUGAGUUCAGACUUUAGUACCCAGUCUGUGGUGUUUCUGUUUUCCACGCUGUUUCUUGCCUUUUUCAGUUUCUAAUAUUACCACCUAGGACUUCGUGGAUCUCAUACCCUGCUUGCAGUCUACACGUCCCGCUCUUGUAUGUUUCUGACAAUAUGUCUGGGGGACGUUCAUGCACUCCUACUUCGCCAACUAGUUUAACGUUAGUUUGCACGGCCUAAAUUUACGAGUAUACACCCGGCCCAUUCUCCGAAGACGUUAUCUAUAGGCAAUUCUGAUGUGUUCAUGACACGGGACCUGCAUGUCGCAGAGGCUCUAUGCGAGAUGACCAGCAUCAGAAACUUGACAUCUCGUUAAAUGCCUGUUUAAUCCUUUCAUACCCUUCAUACCUUCGGCUAGCUAUUCCCUCUGACGACCUUUGAUGACCAUUCGAGGGCUCAAUCUUCACGGAACUUGGAUCUGUUCUGUGCAAAAUCUGCUACCGCCCGUAUAUAGACUGUCCCGCACAGACUGGAUUCAUGUGGUAUUUCUUCGGUGUGUUAUUUAUCUGGCACUUUCGUAUGUGGAUGUAACAAGAGGUCAAGAGCGAAAUGCGAAAGUGUACAUAUACAUCACUGAAGUCAUCAUUGCC